AUGAACUCUGUUCGGCCAAGAAUUUUGAUUGUCGGUGCAGGAUGGGCUGGCUUCAUCCUCAGCCAACAGCUUGAUGAUUCCAAAUACGACAUAACGAUUAUCGCACCCCACCAAACCUUUGCUUACACUCCUCUCCUAGCCAGUGCCGCCACUGGACUCUUUUUCUCUCGCCUAGCAGAGGAGCCUAUCCGCCGUGCUCACCGCCGCAUGACCUAUUAUCGUGCACUGGCUACCGCAGCGGAUCUUGACCAGAAAUCUGUAACCUGUAUUCCAUCUAUUCUUCAGCCUAGCGGACGCGAUGUUCGCGAUGAUAACCAUCCAUUCAUGGUCGAGUACGACAUCCUCAUCAUCGCUCCAGGCUGUGUGAAUCAGACGUUUAGUACGCCAGGUGCAACUGACUACUGUUUCUUCCUUAAGACGGUACCAGAUGCCGAAGCAAUCAAAGAAAAGCUAUUGUCCCUACUUGAAGUUGCUUCUUUGCCAACUACGAGUCCGGAGCGUGCGAAGGAGCUACUGCAUAUUGCUGUCGUAGGUGGUGGACCGACAGGUGUAGAACUCUCUGCAGAGCUGACAGACCUAUUCAGCGAGAUGUCAAAAACAUAUCCACAUCUCGCUGGUCUGCCUUCUAUUACCAUACACGACGUUGCUCCAGAAAUUCUUGGCGUAUUCCAUCAAAAAUUAAAAGCAUAUGCAUUGCGGUCUUUCAAAAAACAUGGCGUGGAGGUCAAGACAAACUCUCAUAUCGAGAAGAUCGAAGAGGAUGCGCUGUAUACGAAGGAAGAUGGAAGAAUUCCGGCUGGAAUGGUGGCUUGGGCUACGGGCAACAAGCAAUGCGAUUUUGUCGAAUCGCUUCGUGGGUUGUCGAAGGCGACGAGGCUAGGCCGUAUCUUGACUGAUCAACGACUUCGAGCGUUGAAAGAAGAUCAAUCGGUUUUGGAAAAUGUAUAUGCACUUGGGGAUGCUGCAGACAUCUUUGGCAAUGGUCUGCCAACAACCGCCGAAGUGGCCGUCCAGAAAGCGGAAUAUCUCGUGAACACUCUUAAUCGUCAUUCAUCCAAACCAGCAAGUCCGUUUGUCUAUAAACAGCGGAGGAUGGUCGCAUAUGUCGGAGGCACUGACGGAGUGAUAAUGGGUAGGCAGGAUUGGACAGGUGAAGCGGCUUGGUUGGCUUGGAGAUCCGGAAGCUUGGGGUGGACAAGGUCAUGGCGGCGGGCAGGGAUGAUCAUGGCAAGUUGGGCGUGGAAUUUCAUUGGAGGCCGGGAAAUUGCAAGAAAGUGA